CUCUUUGCCACUUCUCUGCCAUUCAGCCGGUAGCAGGGAAGGGACUAGGAAGGUGCACGUGGGCUCUGCUGUGAGAUUCUGUUCUGCCUGGAGCUGCAAUGGGUGAACUAGAUGGGCACAAUCUUUCAGUUGUUCUCCUGCAGGAAUAUGACUUUGAGCGACGCUUUGAUGAUCAGGGUGCCAUCCAAUGGAUGCAAGAAAACUGGAGCAAGUCUUUCUUCUUCUCAUUGCUGUAUGCUGCAUUAAUAUUUGGAGGUCAGCGUAUGAUGAAAGAAAGAAGGAGGUUUGAAUUGCGUAGACCUUUAGUUCUCUGGUCCUUUACACUAGCUGUAUUCAGUAUCAUUGGUGCAGUUCGAACUGGUUGGUUCAUGGGAAAUAUACUUAUUACCAACGGAUUCAAGCAGUCGGUGUGUGACCGAGCUUUUUACAGUGGGCCGGUUAGCAAAUUUUGGGCUUAUGCCUUUGUACUAAGUAAAGUUCCAGAACUCGGUGACACCUUGUUUAUUGUCCUGCGGAAGCAAAAGCUCAUCUUCCUCCAUUGGUACCACCACAUCACAGUGCUGCUUUAUACCUGGUAUACCUACAAGGACACAGUUGCCGGAGGUGGAUGGUUCAUGACAAUGAAUUACACAGUGCAUGCCUUCAUGUACUCUUACUACACUUUGCGUGCAGCUGGGAUUCGUGUUCCACGACCCUGUGCCAUGUUCAUCACAUUUACCCAGAUCUUACAGAUGGUAAUGGGAAUCGUGGUAAAUGCUCUCGUAUAUAGCUGGAGGCAGGAUGGAAGCUGUUUGAGUACCACAGAGAAUAUAUUCUGGUCCUGUCUGAUGUACUUCAGUUACUUCAUACUUUUCUGCAGUUUCUUCUAUAAAGCAUACCUGAAAUACCCCAUAAAAAACAAAAAUGAUUAAUUUGGUGAGAUCCAUGGCCUGUUCUUUGGAGCAGUAUUGCCAAUAAUAGUACAUUUCCAACUACAAUGUGACCAAGGACUGUAUCUACAUACGCAUAUUGCAUAUUAGUUUAGAAAGCAAAGAAAACACCUAGGGGCUGAUUUACUAACCCACGAAUCCCAAUGGGAAACAUUCCGAUUGGAAAACGAACAUUUUGCAACU